UUUUGAUAUUCCAAUCCGAACCGGAUUAAUUCCCAUUGUCCAAAAUCACUCCAUUAAUCGAACUCACCACACCCAACCCAAAAAAAACCCACCGAACAACACCACCGCAAUGGCCUCCUCCGACAUCUCCUCGAUCCCAACACCAGCCCACUGCACCGCAGACUUCUGCCUAAUCCCGAUCGGCACCUCCUCCCCGUCCGUCUCCGCCCAAAUCGCCGAUGUCCAACGCCUGGUCGAGAAAUCCGGCCUCAAGUACGUGAUGCACAGCGCCGGCACAACCCUCGAGGGGCCCUGGGACAGAGUGCAUCAGGUGAUUGGGCAGGCGCAUACCAUUCUGCAUCAGCAGGGGAUUGUGCGCAUUCAGACGGAUGUGAGGGUUGGGUCGAGAAUCGAUAAGGAGCAGUCGUUCGAGGAUAAAGUGAAUAAGGUCCGGGAGCUGUUGGGGAAGGAAUUUCAGCCUCGAAAAGCAACAGCGCUGAUUUCAAGCGGGUCCGUCGCCAAUUAAACACUUUAACAUGGUGAAAAAAUGGGGAAUGAAGAA